UUAAUAAUCACUGAUAGAAAACUCGGGCUUAUGGUCUAAUUGCUUAAAACUACAGUUGAAACCCGCUAUUUCGAAUGGCUGGAGUUCGAAAUAGCCGAUAAUAAAUGACUGAAGGGCAAAUCCAAAAGAACGUGGUCUUGAGUUCGAAAUAACGGUUAAUUCAAAACAACCGAGUUCAAAUUAGCGGGAUUCAACUGUAUCAUUACCCAGUGGCUGACUAUCCAUAAGAAGCUCGCGAUCUGAUUGACUACGUAAGAGUGGUCUAUCGAUGGAGUAGUCUUAAGAGCGCGCGCUUGGUUUUACAGCCAUCGUUGCCGGUAAGUAUUAAAGAAAGCCGUUAAUAAGUCACUUUUAUCGAUAUUCUAAGGUCAAUGUAUUACCCGCUGGGUUAUGAUAAUCAAUGAGACUCCGCUCUAAGUUUCUAUUGACUUUGAUAGCUAUUCAACAGCCGACAGAAGCUUUGAGCUCGCCCAAGCUGAUAAUUAGAACGUCAACAUGACGUCACAAUGAGUAGGGUUAACACAGACAACGGAAAAGCGUGAAAAUGGGAUGAGUCAAAAUGCUUAGACAAGUUCGUCAUAUUUCUGAAGGAAACUUCUACGGCCUGCGGGUCACCAACAAGGCUCGAAAGCUGACUUUGGCAAAAGAGAUCCGCACCCUUGAAGCCUGUAGAGAUGUUCAGACACACGUUUACCGAAAGGAAGAAAAAGAGUUGUUAGGUACACUGAAAAGACUGCAGCUCACAAAACACGAUCAUUUUGACCAUCACGAAGAUUAUGAACAUCCAGAACGCUUGGCUUCCCAUCAUGACAGGGGCCCAAGUUUCCACGCUAAACAACACUCAGCAAGUGAUGAUCAACAGCCUUUACGAAGACCAGCUGAGCCUCAACACAGAAAAAUUCACUUGAAAAUUAAAUCAGAAAUUGGAGACGAUCACAGAUCUUCAACGAAAGUAAAUGUAAGUACGAAUGUCUCCGAUGUGAGUGUAAUUAUAUCGCAUUCACCAAUAGCAGAUUCAAACACCGCUGCAAAGCAAAUGUCUUCAAGUACUCUUCCCCCAGUGUCAAAAAGAGAAGCUGGAACAGACCUUCAUAGGACAGAAGCGUUCACGUAUUGUGUUGUUUGUAACUUACCGCCAUACGCUCAUGGACGGGAAAGUAAAUGUACAUGUCAAGGCAAUCCUUCUAAGAAAGCUCACCACAGUCAUGACCUCAAGAACGGUUCAAAGAAACGAAUGAAAAGUAAUACAGACGAAGAGGAUCUGCAAAAGUUUGGUGCUCAAAGAGAGAGGAGGCGAAGCUGGGAGGAUGACAAUGUUCCCGCUCGGCUUGCGCUAAAACAAAGGUUGCCAAAGUUUGUGGGGAAUCAAAUACACCACGGAAGGAGUAGAACUUCCAGCUUUGAGGAUGACAACAAGAACAGUCAUGCACCAAGGGGCUUAGACGACUACACAUCUUAUGUACCAGGUAUUGGUCCUCAUAAGCGGAACUUAACAGACAACAAUAUAGUACCAACUGGUCAUGGGUAUGACCAUAGAAAGCGCAGCAGAGAAAAUAGCCUUGGGGAGUCUAAAAGUAGAAAGAGCAAUCUUGAUGAAGGUCCAAGCCGCUGGAGAAGUUAUACUGAGGACCGAAGUAGAGAGAGCAGAUUUGAGGACCAAGGCGAGCCCCAUUACAUGCGGCCACCCAAGGGUCAUGGAUCACGACCCAACAAAACUAGACAGGAGGAAGAGCUUUACGAUCUCUAUAACAGAUUACAAAGAAUCUUUCCUGUGCACGACAAACGGCAAUACCACAGCAACGAAGGUGAUCCUUAUCACAGGUACAACCGUUAUCCUGGUGACCAUCCCCAUUCCACCCACCUACCUCUGUCCAAAUCGCACAGAGACGCAACCUCUGCUGAGAAAGCUGAAGACCAAGCACCCGCUUUCAGUGGCCUGCUACAUCCUGACAACAUCAUCAACCAUCAUCACUUUCUGCCUCAUGAAGCUAACAAACAGGAGAAGUCUCGCAGUACUAGUCUCCAUGUUCCUGUGCAUCCUGCUGGCUUUCACGUCUUUGGAGUUGAUCACCAUGGACACCGACAGGAAGUAAGUUUCUACGUGACACCCGCUUCGACUUCUCAUAUUGCUGCUGCCUUCGAUCGAGACCACGAUCAGGACAGUGGUAUACACGCGAUGCUUGUGAAACUAAAGCAGCUACUGAACGUCUAUCAUCAAAUGGACAAUGAGGCACACAGAUAUCCCUGGCCCAGUCCUCCCACGGGCAAAUUCACCACUGAAGAAUUUCAAAAGCUAAGAGACUGUAGAUAUCUACGGCUAACAAAGAGUAACAUCGAGAGCUUGCAACAAUUACAGAAGAACGUCGAGGAACAGAAUCGAUACAAAGAGAGGCAAACUUGUCAGAAAACUGAUUCGAUAUUACUUGAAGUUCAACGAACAACAGAGAACCUAGCUACAAAAAAGUUUGAGUGGAGCCUGAGGCUCUGCUCUCAACACUCAACAGGAACUAUACACUCUAGCUAUUCAUUCCCUGACGCUUUCGCUAAAACUCACAAAAUUAACAGUGUGUUAAGAAUAUUUAUCUCAAUGAAUCUGCAGUUCUACGUGACACCCGCUUCGACUUCUCAUAUUGCUGCUGCCUUCGAUCGAGACCACGAUCAGGACAGUGGUAUACACGCGAUGCUUGUGAAACUAAAGCAGCUACUGAACGUCUAUCAUCAAAUGGACAAUGAGGCACACAGAUAUCCCUGGCCCAGUCCUCCCACGGGCAAAUUCACCACUGAAGAAUUUCAAAAGCUAAGAGACUGUAGAUAUCUACGGCUAACAAAGAGUAACAUCGAGAGCUUGCAACAAUUACAGAAGAACGUCGAGGAACAGAAUCGAUACAAAGAGAGGCAAACUUGUCAGAAAACUGAUUCGAUAUUACUUGAAGUUCAACGAACAACAGAGAACCUAGCUACAAAGUAACGAUAGUUUUGUGGUA